UCGCACAGAAACAGCUAGGCUUUCGGCAGACGAAAACAGCUCAGUAUUUGAUCGCGAAGCAUACGUAUAUAUCCAGAAAACGUUAUUGCAGGAUACUGGAGAAACGCGGGGGAGAUUAACUGAUAACCUUCAGUACACAGCAGCCGGUGUGACAGAGCUAGUUAGCCUGCUAAUGUCCUGGGUGAAUGUUAGCGUCUCUCAAUGACAUUGAGGCAUAAGAGCACUUCAGAGAGCUCGGGUGAAGCAUCCAACUCCUGCAGAUAGACUGUCCAGCGUCUGCUUGAGUGCUUGAAUGGGUGUCAUGGGGUUUAUAGGAUGCUAAACAUUCUUGAAGUAAUGAUAAAGAGGGCUGAUCCAGCAGAGCUCAAGUCUAUUUUCUUGAAGUACGCCAGUGUGGAGAAGAAUGGAGAGCACUACAUGUCCCCAGAGGACUUUGUGUCCAAGUUCCUUCACGCACAAACAGACAUACAGCUUUCCAAGGAGGCCACCGGUUUACUGGCAGGUGUUGUGGACCAGACCAAAGAUGGGUUGAUCUCCUUCCAGGAGUUUCUGGCUUUUGAGUCGGUGCUGUGCGCUCCGGAUGCUCUCUUCAUGGUUGCCUUCCAGCUCUUUGACAAAACUGGAAACGGAAUUGCCACUUUUGAGGAUGUGAAACAAGUUUUCGGUCAGACCACUAUUCACCAGCACAUCUCCUUUAACUGGAACUCAGAAUUUGUUCAGCUCCACUUUGGCGCCGAGAGGAAGAAACACCUUAACUACGGGGAGUUCACUCAGUUUCUGCUGGAGAUGCAGCUAGAACAUGCCAGACAGGCUUUUAUGCAAAGAGACAAGGCCAAGACAGGCACCAUUACCGCUCUGGACUUCAGGGACAUCAUGGUGACCAUCAGACCCCACAUGCUUACACCAUUUGUGGAGGAAUCCUUAGUUGCAGCGGCCGGUGGCAGUACGUCACAUCAGGUCAGCUUUUCCUACUUUAAUGGCUUCAACUCUCUGCUAAACAACAUGGAGCUCAUUAGGAAGAUCUACACCACCCUGGCAGGCAACCGCAAAGAUGUGGAAGUUACUAAAGAGGAGUUCAUCAUUGCUGCCCAGAGGUUUGGCCAGGUGACCCCUAUGGAAGUGGACAUCCUGUUCCAGCUGGCUGACCUGUCUGAGCCGAGAGGGCGUGUUGGUUUAGUUGACAUUGAGAUGAUUGCACCUCUGGAGGAGGGAGCUCUUCCUUACAACCUUGCCGAGAUUCAAAGACAGCAGUCUGGUGGGGAUGUGUCUCGCUCCGUUCUGGUUCAGGCUGCCGAGUCGGCGUACAGGUUCGCCCUGGGCUCUGUGGCUGGAGCCGUGGGUGCCACUGCCGUGUACCCUAUUGACCUGGUGAAGACCCGCAUGCAGAACCAGCGUUCUUCAGGUUCCUUUAUGGACGAGCUGAUGUACAAGAACAGCUUUGACUGUUUCAAGAAGGUCGUACGCUACGAGGGCUUCUUCGGCCUCUACAGAGGCCUCGUACCGCAGCUUCUGGGCGUGGCUCCCGAGAAAGCCAUAAAGCUUACAGUGAAUGACUUUGUGAGAGGAAAGACUAUGCAAAAAGACGGCAGAGUUCCUUUACCUGCUGAAAUCAUGGCUGGCGGAUGUGCUGGGGGAUCUCAGGUGAUCUUCACAAACCCUCUGGAGAUUGUAAAGAUCCGACUGCAGGUGGCAGGAGAAAUCACCACAGGGCCACGCGUCAGCGCUCUCUCUGUCAUCCGUGACCUGGGUUUCUUCGGUCUGUACAAGGGUGCAAAAGCCUGUUUCCUGAGAGACAUCCCCUUCUCGGCCAUCUACUUCCCCUGCUACGCACACACCAAGGCGGCCCUGACUGAUGAAGACGGGCGAGUGGGACCUGGCAGGCUUUUGCUGGCAGGGGCGCUGGCGGGCAUGCCUGCCGCAUCCCUGGUGACCCCUGCUGAUGUUAUCAAGACCCGGUUACAAGUGGCUGCCCGUGCAGGCCAGACCACGUACAAUGGACUCAUUGACUGUUUCUGGAAGAUUCUUCAGGAGGAAGGGCCUCGUGCCUUCUGGAAAGGAGCUGGAGCACGUGUGUUUCGCUCCUCGCCUCAGUUUGGAGUGACUCUAGUGACCUAUGAGCUCCUGCAGAGGUGGUUCUACAUAGACUUCGGUGGACAAAAACCAGCUGGCGCAGAGCCUACUCCCAAGUCUCGGAUCAGCCUCCCGGCGCCCAAUGCUGACCACAUCGGUGGCUUCAGGUUGGCUGUGGCCACGUUUGCUGGCAUCGAGAGCAAAUUUGGACUGCAUCUACCACGAUUCCGAGUGUAUGCCGCCCCACACGUUUGAAGCAAACGCGCAUAUGAAUCUCUUCCUUCUAGUUGGGAACAUAAAACCUUCAGCAGAUGAACUGGAAAUAAUGUUUUAUGUGAUUGUUAGUGCAAAUUACAACUUUAAAGUACAACAUAGAUGGGAUGAUGUUUAAUAUUUUUUAAAUCUACCACAAAGUCCUGGAUUCUUUAGUGGGGUUGUAGUGUGACUUUGAUUUAUUUUUAAAUGUAAAUCAUUUAAAUGUAAAUCAAACCUUUUUUUUUUUUUUGGGUCCUUACAGUUUUAUUGUAUUUUUUUUAAUUUACCUGAAGAAAAAAAAACGAUCAGUUACAUUUACUACAGUUUAGUUAUUUAUUUAUUAAAUGAACAUGUCACUUGAUGCAUAUUGCAGGGUUUUAAAACACUACAAGCGUAGCCAGUUGGAAAUAACCAUGUUGUAUUGUUUAAAUGAUAGAUGUGCAACUGCUUACAUUUUCUUUUCUUCUCCUUUUACCAUAAAACUAUUUAAGCACAUUG